AUCAGGAACCCUGUGUGGCCUUUUCCACCUCUUGCUAAUGAUAUGUUGGGAGGAGCAUUCAAUGAAGGAGACAAGGAAACACACUGGUUGCCUUUUUUGACAAUACCAAAGAGUACCUGGAAGCUUUUGUAAACCACUUGUAUCUGUAUGCUAUGGAGGAAAGGAAGAGGCUGCUUUUAUUUUCUGUUGUGCAGGAUAUGUUCUUUCCAAGGGCCUGUGUGAACAUGGAUUAACUUUACAGACGGACAUUUCUCGUACUUGGCUUUUGUUCAUUACUAAUCAGCUCAAGGAGAAUUUUACAAAAAUUUGGCUUUUUUCCAGAAAAUGCACUGGAGAGACCAUGUUAGGCUCGUUGUAAUAACAUUGACAGUGUUGGCUUUUCCCUUUCAGAGAGGAAGUGCAAAGACGAUAUCCAAAGCCUUUAAUAGUUUGUAUGCAAAGUCUGAACCUCAACAGGUAAAUGACAGCAGGGUCAUGGAUAUACUACAAGAGAUGAACAGAAGCACUGGGGUCAGAAGGCUACCAAAUACUGAAGCACUUAUCCCUUUCACUGGUCUUACUGAAAGCAGUAAACUCAACAGAAAUUGCUGCAUGAAUGGAGGAACUUGCGUCUUGGGAAGUUUCUGUGCUUGUCCAAAGCAUUUCACUGGACGAUAUUGUGAAUUUGAUGAAAGGAAAAGGAACUGUGCUGCCACAAUCAAACAUGGAGACUGGAUUCAACAUGGCUGCAGAUUAUGUCGGUGCACCUAUGGCGUUCUACACUGCUUAGCAGAGUUUAGGCAAACAAAUUGUGAUCCUGAAGAUGAUGACAUUUGGUUAGAAUUACAUUCUAAUGGAGCAAUAUUACAUUCAAGAGCACAUGUGUUAUUUUUAUUUUCUUGUUAUUUUCUUAUUUUCAUGUUAUUCGGAAAUAAUUUACUAACCUAGUGCUUGGUUAUGUGAAAACAAAUGUACAAACAAAAAAUUGUACUAAAAAUGUGCAAUCUGUUUUGGUUGAUCUGAAUCAUUCUUUAGAUUCAGUAUACUGCAUGCACACUAAAAUAUUAUUUACACUUCCUGUGGAAGAAAUAUUUAACAAAUAAUUUAUUCAUUAUGUAUUUAAUUUAAUGAUGUAUAACAUGGUUGAAUAGCACUCUUAUAUAUUUGAAUAAAACUUGAGAUAUA